AUGUCAGACAAAACAGCGUCUCAAAAAGUGUCCACAGUUGGCGGGUUCAUCGCCGGAGGACUUGCGGCCUGCGGAGCUGUGACCGUGACCAACCCGAUCGAACUGGUGAAAACCAGAAUGCAGCUAGAAGGAGAGCUGUCCAGUGCAACAAACACCCCGAGAGUUUACAAAAAUCCGUUCCAGGCUCUGGGGCUUAUCUACAAAAAUGAGGGUAUUAGGGGGUGUCAGAAGGGUCUUUUUUGCGCGUACAUCUACCAGCUUGGACUGAACGGAUGUCGUCUCGGCCUAUACGAGCCGGUCAGAAACUUCAUCAACACCGUUAUCUUUCCUUCGCGGGACGCACAUUCGGUCCAAAGCAUUCCGGUCAACGUUGCGGCAGGAGCGCUAUCUGGUAUAGCCGGAGCCAUUGUCGGCUCGCCCUUCUACCUCAUCAAGACCCGGAUGCAGUCGUUCUCGCCUAGUAUCAAGAUCGGUGAGCAAACUCAUUACACCUCGACGUGGAACGGACUUGUUUCGCAAUAUAGACAAGGCGGGUUGCGCGGGCUCUUCAAGGGAGUGGACGCAGCCAUCAUUAGAACCGGUAUGGGCUCUUCAGUCCAGCUACCGAUCUACAACUUUGCCAAGCACGAGCUGCUGAAGACGGGACUAAUCGAAGAAGGCCCGCAUCUUCACCUGCUUUCCAGUACAAUCUCGGGUCUCGGAGUCGGCGUCGUGAUGAACCCAGGAGACGUCAUUCUCACCAGAGUCUACAACCAGAAGGGAAACAAGUACUCUGGUCCUAUCGACUGUCUGGUCAAGACUGUCAAAAGUGAGGGUAUUGGGGCACUUUAUAAAGGAUUCGGAGCACAGUUGUUCAGAAUUGCUCCUCACACCGUCCUCACGCUCACCUUCAUGGAGCAGACCAUGAAGCUGACGUUCAUGGUGGAAUCGGGACUGUUUGUCUAA